AUCGUGAACAACAAGAGGACGGGCGCCGACGUGGACAAGUGGACUACUUCCUCAGGGACUGCCACGGCCUCGGCAUCAACGUGACCUUCGAGUACGAGAGGCUGGUUCACUUCUCCAGGGCGGCCGAGGUCGAGGGCGAGUGGCAGAUCGUCUUCAAGGAGUCGGAGGCGGAGAACCUGUACGAGAUGAACCACGCCAGGAUGAUGCUGCACAAGAAGGCCUACCAGCACCGCGUCGUCAAGAUCAUCGACCGAAUGCUAGUGGACGCCCUUCUAGAGGCUGACAAGUAUGAGGACAGAAAUGGACAAAGCUUCAAGUUGAGCGAAGUGUGCAACGACUUGGCGGCCUACACUUACCUCACCGAUGACGUCAUGUACCAGAUUCUGCGGAUGCCUUCCGGGUCCCCUCAUCUCGAGAAAGCCAAGUUGAUCCUGCAAAACAUUCUUACAAGGAACUUAUACUCUUACGUCGGGGAAUUUACCGAGGCGGAUGUGAUCGAUGUGGAGAAGACAAAGCAGACACUCAUGAACACGUUCCCCGGCGCAGAGUGCCUGGAAAAGAGAGUCAAAUUUGGCAGCGAGAAUGGAAAUCCUUUGGCAAAGCAGCAUUUCUACCGCAGGGGAAAUAGGGGGGGAUUCAUAACUCUGAGGCCGGAACAGGUCUCUAGAAUGCUUCCAAGAGAGUUCGAGGAUGUCAAAUUUUACGUCAUUACAAAGGACUACAGGGCGGAACAAGAUACUUCGACGAAGAUAAAGAAGGAACAGAUCGCGGAGUUUCUCGAGGUUGAGUCUUCUCUGUUUUGGGUAAUCUCCCAGGAACAUGGGCUGCACUACCAAGAGAGGGAUGACCAGACCCCUCAAAAGGACUGGAAUGUAAUGGAACCAGACUGCCAGAUGGCAGCCAGGACAGUAUGCAAGCCCCAUCAGCUUAGAGAUCCCUAA